AGAAUGGUUUGCUUAAUGGUUUUCUAUUUAUAUAAACUCUAGCAUGCCCUUGUGGGAGGCAAGUGUGUUUGCUUUCAUCUUGCGGUAUCAUUUUCACGACUGAAACGAGUGACAGUGAAUACUGCUGGAGAUUCAUACCUGGGUUUUUGUCUAGUUAUAUAAACUCUAUCAUGUUCUUGUGGGAGGCACUCUUGAAAGCGAAUCAGCGAAAUGGAGUUGCUGGUAGCAUGUUAUGUAGCCUAUCUUGUCGUCUGCGGAGUUUUAGGCAUCAUUGGAAACGCCAUCAUCAUUCGCGUGUUUCAGAAAAGACUCCAGAAACUGUCCACCGACAUCCUUAUCAUCACUCUUGCCGUCGUCGAUCUCCUGAGCAGUGCCCUGCUCAUCGCCGCCAUCAUUUGGGCUGUCAACCUCAGUUUCAGAACGCGGUUUAACUGCGUCCUCUUCUGGUUCUUUCGUCGAGCUUUUGCUUGCGAAUCUGCUCUGUUGGCAAGCGUUAUUGCCAUUGAUAGGUAUGUCAUGGUGUGCAGUCCUUUCAAACUGAAAACGUCAAGAAAGAAAGGCACAUUUUGGGUUGUCGCCAGCAAUGCUUUCUGUUUGAUAAUUUGCAUACCGUUCAUUUCCCAUGGCAAUGCAGUCGGGGCAGUUUGCGUUUACAAAGGUCUGGCUUGGAUCAAUACUGCCUACGGAAUGAUCCUCAUCCUCAUCUAUCUCCUGGCCUGCAUUAGCUGCUCGUUCUGCUACACUAUGAUUUUUCGAAAAAUAAAACACCAUCGCGAGAAGACAGCCUACAUGCAAGCUGGUAUAGCUUCCACCGUGUCAACGAAAGAUAUGGGGAAUUCAGAUUUUCCUCAGAAGGAGCCUGGGACAACAAACGGGGUUGACGGUGACCAUCUAGAAGGUGGACAUGCAAGCAGAAAUGAUGGUCCAUCUAAUCAGAAAGGAUCCGUUUCGGAGCCGGCGCAUUCGCGUGUCGCCUUCGGUGAAAACCAUCUUUCCAUACCUGCAAUCUCCUCUUCCCUGGAUCACCCGAAUUCUUCAAAUAAGGGACACUUCAAUGUCAAGAAUCAAGUAUCACCAGCUACACCUGCGCCAGUCGCAUCUGACGCCACGUCUGCUCCGGCUCCUAAGUCCAAACCUCGUACCAAAAAAGACCAAAUGACCAAGAUGAUGUUCAUCGUCACCAUCAUCUAUGUCUUCUCCUGUAUACCGGUCCUCAUCCUCGAGAACCUCCCAAGGAGGUAUAUCGUGCAGAUGCAGCAGACGACCGCCGGUGAAGGGACGGUCAACUUCCUGUACCAGAUGCGUCUGAUAAACCACAUCAUCAAUGUGUUUGUCUACUAUGGCGUCAAUGAAAAAUUCAGAAGGGAAACCAAUGCUUUGUUUAUCAAACCUGCUGGAAAUUGA